AGCAUCACUGCACCAGAACUGAAAACUUUGUAAAGUUUAGCAAAAAAAUCUUUCAAAAAACUCAAAAUGAAGUGUGCCUUUGUGUUUGUCGCCAUUUUGGCCCUGGUGGUUGCAGCUCCCGUUGAAGAAAAGGACGCCCAAAUUGUGCAGUACGAAAACGAUAAUCAGGGUAUCGAUGGAUAUAAUUUUAAAUACGACACCAGCAAUGGCAUCCAGCGAACAGAGCAGGCGCAGCUAAAGAGCUUUGGCGAAGACAUUAGUGCUCUAGUUGUUCGGGGAUCCUACUCCUACAUUGGUAGUGAUGGACAAACCUACACCGUGAAUUACAUUGCCGAUGAAAACGGAUUCCAACCAGAGGCUCCCCAUAUCCCUCGCGCGUAAAUAAAUUGUAGAGAAUUGUUCGUUUGGCUUAGGCGACAAAUGUUGUAGAAUAUUAAAAAGA